AUGUCUCAUCAAUAUCAAGACGUUGUUGUAGCCAACAGUAGCGUGGAUCAUGCAUCAAGGAUUGUCGAGCUCGAUAAUGAAAAAUUUCGGGUCGCAAAAGCUACAUCGGAUCUAGAGAACGAGGGUGAAAGGUUAGAGCAAGAGCUGGAGAGCUUGAAGAACCGAUUGCACGAUUUGGAUGUCCAGGGAGUAGAGGGAGACGACACUGUAAGAGCUCGGAGAGAAGUUGAUGAUCCUACCAUACUCAAGUUGAAAGUGUAUCGGACGCUUGGUAUCGACGUGGAGCCCGACAGCGCAGGCAACUACAACAAGGCCGUGAUCAGAAACAGUUCGAAAGGAGAUGUUAAUGUGGUCAACAUUGAUCCAAAGCUCUCGAGUUUCUACUAUUCCAAUUAUUUUUGGCAGAAGAUGCAGUAG